AUGUAUCAUCUCGCCAAAGGCAUUUACCUCUAUGCGACGAGCAAAGAAGAAUACUCUGUACUUCUGCUGGGCCUCGACAAUGCCGGCAAAACAACCUUCCACGAACAGGUCAAAUCCAUGUUCCUACCGAACAGGCCCGACCCGAAACUCAAGACGGUGCCCACAGUCGGCCAGAACGUCUCCACGAUACCGCUACAGGACAUGUACCUCAAGCUAUGGGAUGUGGGCGGACAGCACUCGCUGCGCAAGCUCUGGCAGAGUUACUACACCAGCUGCCAUGCCAUCAUCUUUAUUAUUGAUAGCACUGAUAUCGGCGACGGAAACAUUGAGCAUGAGGAGAAUGUGGGCAGAUUGGAAGAGUGUCGACUUGUCCUCGAGGACGUCUUGCAGCAUUCAGAGACUGAAGGCGUGCCGCUCCUCAUUCUAGCAAACAAGCAAGAUCGUGAGGACUGCGUUGAGACAAUACGUAUCAAGGAAGGCCUCGUCAAGAAGGUCAUGGAGGGAGACAAGGGGUCUGCUGUCCGCGAUUCACGUGUGCUGGCCUUGAGUGCUUUGACUGGUGACGGAGUUCGAGAAGCUAUCGAGUGGGUGAGGACACGAGUGCAAUGGAACAAGGAAUCUCGACCACCCGUGAUGCGGUAG